AUGUACACGGUCGACGUUGAAAUAGAGCAGUGUGAUUGCCCUGCAGGAGCAGGGGGUCAAUUUUGCAAGCACCUUUGUGCAGUUUAUAAAUCAGGUGUCAAUUUGAUCACGACACCCCAUUUGUUGUUUCAAGACCGCGUUGAACUUGCUACUUUAGCAAUGGGGAAUAAUGUUAACAGUUCUUUUUUUAUGAAUAUGGAUUUGAAUUCCGAUUCUGUACCAGAAGAUCAGAAGGAUUUUAAUGAGCCUAUGCAGUCUAUACCAACAAUCAUUUGCGAGCCUUCUAACUCCAAUGUCCAGUCGUCUCAGGAGCAUACAACAAAAGUAUUAGGGGAAAAUUGUAUGAAUGAAAAUAUCAUCGCAGAAUAUAGUGAAGAACUAAAGAUAUUAGAAGGAAACUUCAAAAAAUUGCACCAAUUUGCACAAGCCCAUCCAUCCAAACAUAUGCUCAAAAACAUAAAAGAACUGAAUGCUAAAAUUAAUAAUAUUGAAAAUGAACAGGGAUUUUAUGAUAUUUGUUCCGCUGUAGCAAGAAAAAAACAAGGACGCCGAAUCAAAGUACAACCAACUUCGAUUGCACGUCGUGCAGAGAGAGGGCUACAUGCAGGCUCUAGAACAAUACAAGCAGGCAGACCAUCUAAUGCCGAAAAAUUACGUAGAACAAAGAAGAAAAGGUCUAUCAUCUCUAACAUUUUGGCAAAUCAACCGAAUGCUAAAAGUCAUUGA